AUGGCAAAUGGAUCUCUCCACAGAUUUAUACUUGGAAGUAAACGAGGAGGUCAAAUUCUGAAUUGGGAUGAACUGUAUUCAAUUGCUUUGGGGGCUGCUCAUGGAAUUGCGAGAGUCGAAGACGUAUCAAUGACGGCAACAAGGGGGACGCCGGGAUAUGUUGCACCAGAGGUGUGGUCUAGAAGUUUAGGACCUAUGACGGAUAAGUCAGAUAUUUACACUUUUUGGCAUGAUGCUAUUGCAGAUGACUGGGCAAUCAAAUUGGUGGAGAAAGGAGAACUGAGGACAAUGUUGAGGGAAAGAGAAUUGAGCGAUGCCGAGGAGGCGAAAGCAAGGAGUCUGACAAAACUUGGGUGGUGGCGAACUCAGUACAAUUCGUCGGAUAGACCGUCUAUGAUGAGAGUGAUUCACAUGUUGGAAGGAGAUGUUGACGAUAUCCCAAAUCCUCCGAGUCCGUUUACUGCUCGCCCGCCACCCGCACCAAUUACCGGCUGUGAAGAAUUGUCCUUCAUUGAAAUCGAAACGGCAUCGUAG